CUUGCAUUUCUUUUUGAUUGAGUUUGGUUUAAUUUGAUAUUUGAUAUUGACACAAUUGAGCUCGUUCACGUGAGCAGAAUCUCAUCAUUCUGGCCAUGUUGCAGGCUGUGGUGGACCUUAAAAUAUCUAUUACUGAGAAGGGUUUUAAUAAAACUCUAUUAUCGGUAUUAUUAUUAUUUUCCGAAAUUGGAAUUGCCGAAACGAAAUGAAAGGAUUUAUCUCUCUCUUUUUCUGCUGCAUGUUCGGACACAUUUACAUUUCUGGAAACGUGUUUCUGGAUUCCUCCAGUUGCAUUUAGUGUCACUUAUCGCUAAUGUUCAAAGGCCGUGUUAUCUAAACGGUCUUUUAUCUGGGAUCUUGAGUCCCACAUGUCAAAGACACGAGUGUUCUGUGGAUAAAUGGUUGUGCAAAAAUACAGAAACGGUGUGUUGUAUUUCGAAAAGUGGUCUUACUGGUCUUACACAACAGCACAUUGAAAAAAAAUAUUAAAAUUAUAGAAGUAAUAAUUGAAGGAUGAAUAAAGUUUUCUCCUGACUCCUUUACAGCACGUGCAAAUAGUAUAUUAAGCAAAUCAUUGUGGAAAAGCAAUGAUCAAUUUUUAAGAAUCUCUUAAUCUUAAAGUGGAUUUAAAUUGAACGUACAGGCUUAAUUUAGUGUUAAAUGUGACUUUGCUGCUUUGCAUUCUCCCGUAGCCUACAGCGCUACGGUGUCCACAGUGUACGAAUGGCAGUCGAGAGACCUUAUUAGCUCAGCCAGACUAAACCUAGUCCACUUCAGUCCAAAACAACGGACCACUCAGCUUAAAGUAGUCACCCUCUUCGCGCAAUUAUUUGCAACUGUUUCAGAGAGAGUUACAAAAUACAUGUUAGGAACCUGAAGAUUUUUAAUUAACACCAUGUGCAUAUGUGUAAAUCUAUUUGUUUGUUGUGUUUUGAAAUUUCAAUGCAGCAGCAAAUUAACUCCCGCGACCCUGUUCUGUAUGCCUACGCAUGCAUCUAAUAAUGUAAAGGCAGAAUAAUUACAGUCGUGUUUCUGUGUGCAUAAAAUACAUAAGAAUUAAAUUGUUAGGGGACUUAAUUGUCCACAAGUGUUUCUGAUCCUAAUUAAACCUACUUGAGCAGCAUCACAUGAGAGAACAUGUUGGUCCUUAGUCCCCUGUGCAUUUUGCAUAGUGUGGCUAAUAAAUGUGCCCAUUGUUAGGCAAACACCUCUGGCACAUUACUAAACAAGCAUAUUCAUUACUAUUACAGCUGCUGCUGCAGUAAUGCAUCAGAGAGGCAUGCUCCUCAGUGGGUCUGUGUGUGCAGGUGCACUCGGUGAAUGAGUGGUGCCCCACUGGAUGAUGUAUUUAGUCUUAAUUUGCAAACAUUAGUGGGUGGCACAGAAGUUUCAGUGCAUACAGAAUAAACAUUACUGAGGUUUUGCGAUCCAUAAAGUGAACUUCUGCUCUGUAAGUGCAGCUACAAUCAGUGUGGCAAACUUUCUACAGUCAUGAGUUUCGGUAUAGCCACAGAUAAAAAUGCUGAAUGACAAUACAGGGAUCGUUGGAUUUGUUACAUAGAUAUAGGAGCUUCAUAUGCAUGCAGUACAUUGUGGUUUGGAACAACUUUCCAGCUAAAUGAUUCAGACUGCGAUCUGGUCUCAGGGGCCAGAGAGCGAAAGCUGGGAGUGCUUUCUGACCUUCUCACUGCCCUGAGUGCUGUUAGCUAGUACUUUACACCACGUUUAGCUGCAGGAUCCCAAAGCUCUAACAGAAAAGAGUUCUUUAAGAAGAAGGUGAAAAAAGGAUUUGUUGUUCUUGGUCAGAGUUCACAUAGAAAGGACGCACUGAAAGUCAAGUGGCUCCACUCACUAUCACUGCUAUAUCUCUUCAUUCAGUUUUGUUUGGUAACAAAAAGUGUGAUAUUAGUUGUGGGACUUUUUCCUUUCCUUUAAAUGAAAAUACAGCAGGUGUUUUUUGUCAAAGUCUCUAUGGUAAAGAAAGAAUAAAUGUGUGUUUGUCAUGGAGUUAGUUUUGCGUCUUUAUCUUGCAGUCAAGUAAUGUAGGUUUUGUUGUUUUUCUUAAAAAACAUUUGGCAUGUUGAGAUGAAUAUCAUGGGAGGGACCUGUGGUAAUAGAGACACGGCUCUACUGGUCAGUGUCAACUGGACAACAUCCACAGUUAGUAAUUGUGAGAGGGCGUCCAUGAAAUAGACAAAGGAGUGUAGUUGUCCUCUCCAUGAGAAUCAGCUCAACAUCAAUUGGCUGAAAUGUAUUUAACGUUAAUUUAGGAAAUACAUCUUUACAAAAUUAAGUACAUUUGUAAAGGACAUUUUCUUUUCCUCCAGGAAAAGAAAGUAUGUUUACGUAUGUUUUAAUUUCAACCCUGCUGUUUAGUUGCAUUGAAGACACUUGAGUAAGGUCAUUAUAUUGUGGUCAGUGUCGUCAUCUAAGCAGCCAGAUAACUUACAAAAAACCCCUAAGAUUUUACUUAAUACCAGUGCAAAACAUUAAUAUGUUUAUACAUCAGCUGUCCAAAGUUGCUUCACUUCAUUUUGUUUUUUUAUUUUUUAUAUGAAAACACAAUGGGAGCAUCUGAUAAUUUACAUUACACCAUUACACAUAAGUGAAUGAGUUUGACCCAGCAGGUAGUUUUUUUUAAAAACGCAGCAAAGAGAUUCAUUUACGGAUAGACAACAUUCAAAAAUAGCCAUGGUUUCCUAAUUAUGAGACGCCUUAACAAGACAAGGAUGAGAGACACAACAAGAACAGAGAAAUACAGCGUCCUUGGUAAUUUCUUGCAGCUUAACUUUGCACUCUUCCCUUGGCUGUGGUUAAGACAAUUGAGACGAGAGAGGGAGUAAUAGCGAAGAGAUAACGAUAGAGAGUGUCUGGAGAGACAAAAGAAGAGAACGUGUGAGCGAACAAAGGAGACAGAACGAAGAAGGUGAUCCGGAGAGCCUCAGCUGGAUUAACGCUCGUGGAGGUGUGAUAGACAGGUGUGAGUGUAAGAGUGUGAGUGUUUGUGUCAGCCCCAUCAAGUGACCAUGGAUGUGGCACGGCAUCCUCCAAUUCAAUUGUACCCAUGCAAUUGAACCAGGGGCUCUAAGAAUAGCUUCCACUACAAAGUGCUGUCACUCUGGAUUGUUAAAAGAGAAGUCCACAAUACCCAUCUAGAUAUUGCUGCUAGGCUCCACUUAGCCCUGUGCCCCCUCCAGCUCAUAACAGCUUGACCGCAAAACACACAUACAAUGUGAAUACACUCAUACCUGCAUGAGCAAACACAAAAAUUCUUGGGAGAUCGAACUGUACGUGACAUUUCAUCAUCUCUAUCCUCAGGCCAGUCCAUGCAAUUAAAGAAGAAAGAAAAAGGAGUAAAAGUCAUCUCUCUUAUGGAUCUGUGCAUCAUAUUGGGGAUUAAGGAAGUCAAUUAUUGUUAUAGUGUAAUCAGAGAGUAUGUGAAAAGAAAGAAAAAGAAAAAAAUACAGUUUUAGUUGGGGUUUUUUUAGACUGACUACAUUACCUGCAUAUUUCCUUCAUGACUACAUCAGAAAAAGGCAAAUUCUAUUACACAGAGGCACACAAACAAAUUUCAUGACUCAUUUGGAUAUAAACAAAAUUACUGAAAUCUCUGUGAAGUGCAUGCAUAAAUACAAAUGUAUACAUUAUGUGCUCUCUUUCUGUCUCUCCAGCUCAGUCAACAGCAAUAGGUGAAAAUGUUUUGGACCGCAAAUCUAUUAUUCAUGUUGGCACAAAAGUAAUGAACCGAAAAGCUGCUGUUGCACUAUCAUAAAUUUGACAUUGCUGUUUUUUUUUGUCUAACAAAUAGAAAAGAAGUGCAGAGUGUUCCUGUCAGAGUGCAUCUUUUUAAGAAGACAACUGAAACGGGGAAAUUACUGUUGUCCUAAAACAAACUCUCAAUUUGCUAGCUAGGAAAAUGUAAAAACAACAACAGAAAAAAUCGAAAUUGCAAUCGCUGUAACGUACUGUGGCCACUGGGUGCUAAGGCUGUGGCGCCAUCUGAAGAGGCCAGGGUUGGGGAUCAAACCAGUAGCCCUGUGGUUAGGGGACAAUGCUCCUACGUGUGAGACAAAGCAGCCAAGAGAGGGUAAAAUAGCAAGUGAAAAGCUUAAAAUGCAUUGUGAUUAUGCAAAGAUCCAGUAAAGUGGGGUGAUUGUUGUUGAAAGGCAAGCAGAGAUGAUACUCACCCUUCCAUGUUCCCCACCAGUGUUGUAUGGGUAAUAUUAUUAUUGCGAAUAUUAAAGGUUGAGCUCACACAGUACCAUCAUAUUGUGUACUAUCAUAUGUUUGUAGUAUGACUUUCUCUAAAAGAAAAACAUUUCUUAAUCUGAUUAGAAAAACAGCCCUACAGCUUAAUGGAAAAAAAUAAAUACAUUAGUAUAAUGAAAGCAAACUGAAUUGAAGCUUUAGUAUUGUGUGACAUGGUUAAUAUUUUUUAAGAAAUGAGGGAGAAAAAGCAAAUCAACUCAUUAAACUUGCAUCCAGCCAACCAAGUGAUUAUUCAUACUAUGUCCCAAUCAGUCCACCAGUGUGUGAAUGUGAGAGUGAAUGAAUAGUGGCAUUGUAAAGCGCUUUGGGUGCCUUGAAAAGCGCUAUAUAAAUCCAAUCCAUUAAUCGGAGAAACACAGACACCAAUAAUCAAUUAACUGAUAUAUACUAGAACUAAAAUAUAACAAAGACUUUAGGCUCUAAAGCAUACGUACACAAACUUAAAACCUUGGGACAUUCCAGAGAUCACAGUACCCUCUUCAUUAUGUGAAUUUUCUUUAUAAAGGUUUUCCUGGCUAAAACUAAUCUGCUGAAAUGAAAAAUCGCAGUAAUAUCCUCACUUACUUCCUAACUGUCCUUCUGCGGUAACAUGCAGAUUGCAACUGAUCUUAGAGCAGUGAAACAUAAUUAACAUAUAGUGCAUGCAAUACUGAUUAAGUGCAAAGAACCACAAAAAAGCUCCUGGCCUCUUAGCUUCCAGGACACACCCUUGAAAAUGACAGCAGCUACAGACUCCAGUGGCUCAGACUCAAGCUUGCCUCCAGAGACAGUAGCCAAGUGCGGCCACAAGAUGGCAGCAACUUAUAGUUUGUAUGCAAACUUGCAAUGUCAGACACUUUACAGGACGGAACGCUGUUUGAAAUGUAAGCCAAGUUUUGUAUACACGCAAAAAGCUUUAUUUAAACACACACAAAAUUACUGUCACAGAGUUGGUUUCUAAAUAAAUCUAUUAAUAAAUUUGUUUUUGUUUCUUUUCAUUUUGAUGCGCUUUCCAUGAACUAGGAGGCAGUCACCGAUAACUUUAUUUAUUCAGUUUGAUGUAUGCCAGGUGGCGCGUAUUGUUCUUUUGACCGUAAUCACAAUGUGUAACCAUAGUUAGUGUAACCAUAGCGCAAAUUUGGUUAGUCUACCCAACCGCGUGAUUUGUGAUGUUCUAUGCGGAUAAAAGAGUGCAGCUAGCAUUUAGUGGAAAAGUCAAAGGUAAAUGUGCGGACAUUGUCAUUUUUUUUAGCCGUAACUUGACACGUGUCGGUAGGUCUGCCUUCAACACAUCACCUCGGUGACCUAUCGGAAAGCCACUACACACACACAUCCAUGGUCACAAGUGCGCACACCCGAUCUUUAUUUACACAAUUAAACAGGAAAAAUUAGAACUAAUCCCUUUCUGUUAGCAGCAGGAAACAUCUACUGCUUAUUUAAUAUACAUCGACGUCCACGUAGCUUCGAGGCACAGUUUAAUGGUUGACUUUGCUGUUCCAACUUUCAGGUGCGCACUGGGUUAAACUGAUAAGAUAAGAGGUUAUUAAAUCUUCCCAAGUACACUCAGCAGAUUGUCAAUAGCAGAGCGCCAUCUCAGUUCCUUUAUGAAACCACUCCAACACCUGUAGGAAAAAUUUAAUUAGUUAUUUGCUUUUAAAGAGCAAUAAACUGAUAUAUAUAGCACCAGAAAAGCACUUACCCAGUGGUUGCCUUACACCUUCCCUCAUUUUUAGCCUUUUUUGUUUUGGCUUAAAAAAGAAAAACCUUGCGCCUACUCUGGAUGCUCAUUGCUGCAUCUUUUGUUUACUCCACACAACGCACAGUGCAAGCUAGACUGUGCUCUUGUUUCUUUGCCAGUAUGUGCACACUUAAUGUCUUGGCUGGAAACUAUUUCCCUUGAUGCCCAUCUGGGCCAUGUCCCGAUGUUGCUCUCUGGUCUCUACGUAGCGUCUGCUGCCUUUUCCUGCAUGUUCUCUGCUCCGCACCCACAGCAGAAUCAGAUAUGAAGUGCAGCACAUUCCAUCACUUACUGUGGCCCAUGUGGCAGGCAGCAUUGUACCUUCCUGCCCCUGUGAACAAAAGACAAUCAAUCUUACAUGCCCAAAGAGUCCACUCAUGAUGCACAGACUGAACUGUUUCUGCAAUGUCGACCAAAAGCGAUCAGAGCUUUUGCGGUUGCCAAGAAAACAGCCAAAUAGUGGUUUUCAAAUUGAUUUAAUAUAUAAUUGCGCUAUAGAAUGUGCCUUACAGUCUCAGUCAGAAAUCAUUGCAUCAUUGUUUUUUCCAUUUUCACACACGCUGAACAUAAGAAACCUAUUAUAAUGGAGUAAAUAGAGGAAAACCAGAAAUGCGGCGCUCAGAAACCAAAUGCAUCAUUUCAUUCUUGGUUCUCUAGGAGCUUUGCUAUUUCAGCUUCACAGCACGAAGAUUUACCACAUUCCUUUUGGAUAUCAGCCAUGCACUGAGACUCGUAAAUUAUGUCCUUCCUUUCUUCAUUCCGUCAGUUUAAGAAGGUCCCAUGGAAUAGUUUGAGGAUUUAUUUUCCCAGUGUAUGAGCCCGUUAAGGGAAGUUGAGAAGCGUUAUGCACCCUUUUCAGUCAGUACUUGUUUAGUGUCAUAAGAAGAACAAUUGUUGUGAAAUUAAAUUUGUUACAAGAGUGCACUUUUUAAAUAUUUCAUUCAUACCUUUGAAUGGUUGGUGGAAGGUUUUACUGCUGUGGUGUCUGAAGCACACUGUACAUUCCUCCAUUCAUAAAAAUUUUAACCAUUGGGAGGACGUAUCUUUUAAAGUUUGCAUUUGUUUUGUUUUUUUGUUGUUGUUGUUGUUUGUUUUGAAACUAAUUUUAGGCUUAAAAGCUAGAGAGUGAGCCCUACUUAGUAAAGCUUUCUGACGGUCAGAUUUUAAAGGCGUCCCUGUGAUUGCUUUGAUUGCUAGCGGAUUGCCACAAUAACCUGUAGCUAGUAAGGAAGAUGUCAACUGGUCUAUCCAACUAACUAUCGCUCAGAGCGGUAGUUCAUGUGACCCAAAAGGGAAAUAGACAAUGUUUGGACUGAACAACAACUGAACCACAUUUAAAAACAACAGUGAACAGCUGUACAGUACAGGUUCACUACUGCUUAGUGAAGACAAGUUGGCAAACUGCAGCCAAAGCAAUCCCAGAGAUGUUUUCAGUGAAGCACUGUUUACCUCUUCGUGACCAGUUUCACCUAGCAACAGCAACCAUGUCCAGAAACCACUGAACAAUCAGUUGUAGAAUAUACAUUUUUCCCUAGCAACCAGAAGUUGCUAGGGAAAAAUGUCACUGACUGGUCUCUAGGUGUGACUGGGGCUUUAGCAGUCAUAGUACCUGCCAGUGCCAGUGUCAGUGGGUCUCUAGGCCCAUGUGAAAGAGACCUUAUCUGUCUCUUCUGCUCAAUUCAGUUUUAUUUAUAUAUCACCAAAUCACAACAACAAUUGCUUCAAUGCACUUAAAUCACAAUACUUAAAUUGUUGUGAUGACGAUAUAAAAAGAGAACGUGAAAACUCUGAGUUAUAUGGUGAAACCUGGUUCAAAUCAAAGAUAGGACAAAAACAAGUCCACUCAUCAUGAUUCUUUGAUUAUUCAAUUCUAUUCCAAUUCAUGAUUGGAUAAGCUUUACUAAAUCCAAGCUGUAAUUGGGUAAAAGGCACACCCUGGACAUGUUGGAGAGAGACAGAAUCAUCUAUCUAGCCAGCCUGUAGAUUUGAACCCAUGACCCUCUUAUUGUCUGUUACGUUUCGGUGUUGUCAGUUUUUUUGUUUUUUUGAUCACUGAAUCACCAUGCUGUUGUUUAAAAAAAAAAAAAGUGAAAUGCAAAAUGUUGGCAUCCAGAUUCCUGUGUGGCCCCUGUAACACCGUUGUCUAUUUUAAAUGUUUUUUUUGUUUGUUUUUUUUAAAUAAUCUCUGCCACCGUUAGUUAAGACGAGUCUACAAUAACAGGAGGAAAGAGAUUGAAGAGAAUGAAAACAGAAAGCAAAAAAAAAGAAGAAGAAUGACAACAGCAGGUUACCAAUGACAGGAGUAAGCAGUGAUAGAUGCUGUCAUUUUUCAGAAGCUGCUGGCUUCACAGAGAUAGCACGCAGCCAGGAGACCGUGUUGGCCUCUGUUUUUUGUUUUGUUUUACUUUGAUUUCGCUCGCUCAGUUCAGUGAUCAGUUUUGUUUUUACUCACUGGUUGGGUUUAGGAAAAGGUUGCGGUGCUGAAAUAUGAAGAGUAGCCAAUGAAUCAAGAAUCCCUGCUCAAGAGUACAUAUGUAAUCCAUUAGGAGUGAGAUGCGGUGCAUCAUGGACACGUCUUAGAUGCAACUGUGUUUUUUUACAAAACACCCAUAUUCAAUACCCCAAAAAUGAAAGCAGACCGGUAUUGCUCUAUUAUUUAUCUUUUUAGGAAGAAAGAUAAAAGAGGUACUGAAUGACAGACUGCAUUGCACUGGUAUUGCUUUACUUGGCAUCAUCUAAGACUGCACCAAGCCAUGUGACUCUUUUGUCUUUGUAGAUUUCCUAUAUUAAUCUGUUAUGGCCUAAAUGAAAAAUAAGUUUUUCAAAGUCACAUAUAUUUGUCUGUCACCCGCAAUGAUUUUAUAAAGUGAGUAGCUGCAUAUGCGUGGGAGUAGAGUAUCUUUGAUAUUUGAGCUCAGCAGAUGUGAAACAGUAAGAUUUCCGCUCUCUUUGCCAUAUGUUAAUACUUAGACUAAAUUCUGAGGGUCUCUUGUAAAUCGUGCUUUACAGAAAAAACAAAAAAACCUGCUCAUUAAGUGUAAUCAGUGUUGUAGAUGGACUGGGAUAUGUCGCCUCACAGGCUGAAGGUCAUGAUUGGAAUUAUUUCUCAGAUAAGUCAUGACAGAAGUCAGUGGGUUGUGAUGAUGGAGACAUAUCACUCGUGCUCUCUCUCUCCAAGAUGAAUCACCCAGUUAGACUCAUAUGAUUAUACACUAAUGACCAACCUACACGCAUCAGUUUGCUGAACAGGGGCCAUGUGCUUGUAGCCUUUCAGCCGGGCCACUAUGGGUCAAGCUGUGGAUCAAAAUUUGAGGUGACAGAUACGUUCACGUCUCAGUGGGGCGUGACAGUACGUCUGUUCCGCACGAGGUCAAUUCCUCCUCGGUGCGCGCUGAAACAUUUCCAUACAAAGUACAGACUUGAGCGUUUAUCAGAGAGGAAUCAAUACCUGCAUAGGAGCAGCAAAGGAUUUAAAAAAGAUCAAAGAACACAGGAACGCUUUCACUUUUGUAAACUCUGAAGCAGGCAGAGGUAUCGAGCAACUUUCCAUUUGUUCAGAUCCACAUCGGUUAGGUGCUAAAAAUACCCCCUGCUCCCUUGUUGUAUCUAUAUGAGUUGAGGGUCAAAUAUAGAUCCUUUUGCUCCCUAACACAGCCUAUUAUCACAGUAGAGAGCACAAACAACAGUUGCUUUAUCUCAGUGACUGCUCAGCUGGAAACUGUUGCAACCAUGCUUCUUCUGUGGGCUUUGGGUCGCACAUCAGGACAACUUUUCUCCAUCAACAGACAAAUAAUCUCUGAAUUCUCGUUCACUCAUCAUUUCAUAAUGAAAUGUUUUGUUGUUGUUUUUUUAAAUGCCCCUGCUCCAAUGUAUGUAUUUUUUGAAGGUUUGGCAAAUUUUAAACUGCUUCCAUCCUGCUAUUUCUGCAAAUCUAAUCCUCGCUGAGUAUAUAAAACAACUAUAAUCUUUGUUUGAAGGCCCAAGAUGUCACAGAAGAAAAGCAAACACUUUGAAUAGAGUUGUGCAUGCACUUGUCAUGUUAAAUCAACAUAGUUUACUCAAAGUGAGGUCUUCAUGCAAAGAGCAUGGCGCAGAAAAUGCUUCAGGUCACAGAAAGUAAUCAGAAAAGUGCAGCGACUGGCUGCCUCCUCCACAUAACGAGGCUCUGUAAGACACAAGGUAAACAACAGCUAAAGUACAGAGGAUUAGACAAAAGGAAAGCAGAUUGCUGCGUAGUCAAAAAAUGUUCUACAUUUUAAGGAUUAAAAUAAAUAGAAAAUUUCUGGUCAUGUCCAUGAGAAUCUGGAAAAUUUGUUUCAGUGUUUUCUUGUUUUAAUUUAAAAAAAAGAUGAGGUUUUCAUAAGAUGUUUUUCAUGUGGUCUUAUUUUUGAUGUUAAACGUUUGUCUGUACAACUGUUCAGGUGCACAGUUUGUUAAUGGGUUUCCCAUUGAAUAGAGCCCAAGUAUCGCAUCAAAGUGCAUAACUGAACCCCUGAAUCCAGUGUUGGAUAUAAGUCAGCAUUGCGUUAAAUCUUGUGUACCCAAGAAAAUUGGGUUUCCUCCAACAAUCUGUAUUGGAAACCAAUGUCGUAGAGGCCUUCCUCUCAGUGUUCUUCUAUUUUGUCAAUGGCUCUGGUGAUGUGACUAAGGGGACAAAAGUAAACUUUCCUGCCUAACUCACCUUUUCCACCUUUUAAAACCAAAACAGGUAAACUGAUGUUUGACGGAGCAGUCUUAACCAGCUGUUGCUGUGCUGAAAACACAGUGGAAUUUAAGUGUACAGUAAGAGACGAGAACCAACAUCCAGCGGAGACUACGUUAUGCUGUAUUCAAGCAGUAAGAUCGUCCCUUAUGAGGCGGAAUCUGCUCAGAACAAUAGGUUUCAGUCUCAGGCUACUGUAGAGCAUCUUUAUACAAUUUUGAUUGUUACUGAUUUGAAUGAAUUAGAAUAUGGAUAUUGUUUUGUAUAUACAUACAAACAGUUCAAUAUGAGGUCUGGCCUCAUCUAAUGUGAUGCAGUCACCUGUGUGUGCAUAGAUUGCUCAAGCUUCUGGAUCUGUUGUUGACAAAUUGCUCUCCCUAUUUCUGGAUGAGUACAGUCUGCAGCUGUGCAAUGGUUGCUGGUUGUGGCUGCCCUCUAAUGAAACCGCUGACCCAGCGUGUCCCACAUCCAGUAAGGCGGCAUGUCGGAACUAGAUUUUUUUCCAAGGAAGUAUCUCCUCAUCCUGAGAGAUUAGCACUACUACAUUGUCCACAUUGCACUACUAUAUUAUACAGCUUCAGGCUGGAUGUGCCAGUACCAGCUUGAGCAGCUCAUCUCAGUUUCUCUCAGAUUUACACCAAGAACAAUGAGACUAGAGAGGCUCCAGGGACAGUUUUGGACAUAUAGCAGGAUCCAGCACGCCAAUAGCUCAACGUUGGUCAUCUUUACUCAAUUGUGGCACUAAUGAUCACUGAUGGUCAAGUUACUUGAAAAAAGUAAUUAUUAACUAAUUACUGAUUACUUCUCCAAAAAGUAAUCCCAUUACUUUACUGAUUACUUAUUUGCAAAAGUAAUUAGUUACUUAGUUACUUUUUAAAAAUAUGAUACCCAACUUGAAUAAGUAAUAAAGCAAUAGACCUUUCAGUCCCCCCCAAAAAUUGAAUUUAUGUAUGCUGUAUGCAUUUUGUUCAUUCCUAAGUUGUGAGUCUACACAACAGCCAAAAAUAGUCUCUAGUUAUUAACAUCUGAAAUGAUGAAGGCACUUGAAAAGUAACACAAAAUUAUCUGCCUUUCCAGAAAAACUACAACUUUUCAGAAGUACUUAAGGUUUUGUGAGAGUACAAGACCCUGUUCAGUCUUUCCCUCCCAUGCUUCUAGACUUCGGAUUGGCCAACCUAUCGUUUUUAGCAUUUACAUGUGGAUGGAGACAUUUUUUUUAAAACUGCAUGUGUGGACGGGAUUUCUUUAAAAAAAACAAAAAAAAAAAACAAAAAACGGAAACUCCUUUCAAAAAUACUUGUGUACGUGUGGACAUAGCCUGAGUCCUGUCAUUCUUAAAUCUAUUUUCACCUGUUUAGCAGGAGCGGAUCAAAUUAAGAUCUCAGGUUUUAUGUGUAGUUGAACAUCUUUACACUGACAGAAAGGCUACAGUUUAGUGCCAUAAAAAUCAAAUUGAAUUGGUCCGGGCCACUUAGCAUCAAAGUGGGCUGUGUGUGGCCCACACUGCGAGAAGAGUUUGACAUCCCUUAUUUAGUAUUAUUCUAUUUCCUGUCAUGAAAUUGUUGACCUCACAAGCCCCCAGACAAAAGAACCAAUUGUCUUUAUUGAGCUGUCUGUGCACAAUAUUAAGGGAAGCUAAUAUGCUCAAGGAGUUGAGAAUAUUAUCAGUUUUCUCAUCUCUCUCCCUACUUAGAACUGUGACUUUAAUACAGAACAUACGCCCCAUUGCCUUGAAUGGUUUUUCUUAUGCUAUUAGCCAACAAAUUUAUAACUUCUUUGGCAUUAGUUAUUGGGUGUGUCUGACGAACUCUAACAGGACAUGCGUCUUACAGCUUACACAUAAACCAAAUGUCACUGCCGCAGUGCUGCUUGUCGUUAGUGCUGUAAUUGGUAAACGGUUUGGAAUGAGUAUGUAAAUUAAGGGAUUUGAAUUGGAGACAAUGUGAGACUAAUGUCUCCCAGAGGAAUAUUUUUGUUUGUUCUACCUUACCAUGAAUGAAGUCUUUCUCUUUGGUUUUCAGUGGCGAGGAUUGUUAGUUGGAGUUGAAAAACAACAUGCCCUCCUCCUUCACUGAACAGACCGCUGAAGUCAGUGUGUCUUUGACGGGAAGUUGGACGUGGGCCUCUGUGUUUUGUGUACACAGUGAGGGAGACAUUGACCUCUCUUCAUAUGUAGCACUCAGACAUGCACAACGUGCAGCCGUCUGUUAUAGGUAUAAACACAAAUUUCUGGUGCUAGUUUUACUGAUUCAUUUAAAAAAGCAUACAGAGCAAAAUAACUUCUGCAGUCUUCUCUGACAUAUGCUGCGCUGUCUUGCACUGGUGCUGUUUAUGCGAACAGUAAGGCUGUGUGACAGGAUCAUUGCAAUACUAAACAGAUGUUAAUGUCAUAGCUGGCUUCAAACUGGCUAUGGCAGUAAUGUUACAUCCCAAAAAAAUUUUCUCCGUGGAAAAAAAAAUCAAAUACUGCCAUUUUGUCAGAAGCCAGUGAUGUUGCAGGCGUAGGCACAAGAUGUCCUUUGAUGCCUUGAUGCACUGGUUAGAUCAAAACUUGGUGAUGGUUCAAUUUGGAAAAGUUUAUAUAGGGAGGCAUAAGGGCUGAAGAAAUAAAUUCAUAAAUGCAGAAGUUUUGUUUGUAUCAAUUUUGCUAAAGGCUGCAUGGUUUAUAUGAUUUAUUGCUUACAAUUUGUUAGUUUUAAACAAACAAAUCAUAAGGAGGUUUGGGUUAAAGAAACUCUGCUGAGGCAAAGGUCUCAACAGGGUUAGGGUCACUGGUGAAUAUAAACUGGCUGUAAGUGUGAAUGUGACUGUGAGUGUCAUGUGAUGACAACCCUAAGUUGUAUAAGCAGAAGAUGGAUGGAUAAAUAGAUUCAUUGAUAUUACUAAUAGCAAUACCUUUAGUACUUGGAUUGUCUUCUCAGUUAAAAAAACCAAAAACGAAGUCUGCUGUGUUUGUCCCAUGACUCACUGAUCCUGUUGCUCUUGUGGUCAUCCUUGAUAUCAUUUAGCUGCUUUCCCAUGGUUAUAUUCAAAUUCCACUAUCUUGGACUGCAGUUUUUGUCAGCAGGCCUUCUUCUGCUCUGGAGAUGUGCUGCAAAUUUGGUGGACACUAACCAGAACCUAGGGACAAGUGUAGAAUUUCUGCAGUUAAACAGCCUGUCAUUGCUAGCUGCAGUCCAUGACUAAGAUAGACACUCACAUGAGAAGCAGCUGAUUCGAUCUCUCAGUUUUUCAUUUGCUACAAAUUAUUUUGCAAAUGAAAGUCGAGCAAAGCAGAAACGUAUGAAUGGUAUUAUUUAAUUGUUUAAAUAUAUGCGUGCACCCCAUUUGCAACAUAUGGGGUGUAUGGAGUUAUGCUUCUUAACAAGUUGCUUGUACAAUGUGCUGUCAACCAGAAAUCCGAAGUGCUAGUGGCUGUUCCAAAUAGCCACAUUAAUAUAAAGGACAACAAAGUCAUUUUCCCCAAUUUCUUUUUUGUUUACAUUUCACAUGACUACUUACAGCAUGAGGAGGCUGUUUUUUUGAAACUGCAUACUGCAAGAUUUUCCACCAGUGUGACUCUUUAUGAAUAGCUGUGUUUAAACUAAGGCGAACUAUCAACUGUCUCAUUACAUUUAUAUGCUGCAGAAGUGAGCAAAGUCAGGGUAUCUGUUUUCCUUCCUUGACCCCCCCCAAGCUAUGCGUAGCUGACCUAGUCGCUAGUUCCUUUUUUCCAUGUGAUGAUUCAUACCUCGGGUGGGCAGUUCUCUCCUGUCAAAGCUCAUCUUCUUUAAAGGGUUAUCAUUAAUUAAGCUCGCUGUCGUCUUUCAGACAUGUUGUCAUAAACUAAACACAUCAAAUAUUCAGUACAGACCAACAAGCUGCUUUUAUGGAGUAUUAUUUAUGCUCUCCAAAGGCCUGCACCAUACUACUGAAGGUCUUCUGGAGGCUCAAGACUUUUUUGCAUUACAUCCAUCACCAGACAACCAGCACAACAAAUCUUAAAUGCAAAUGUUGCAGCAGGUCAAACCUCUUUGCAGAAAUACUACAGUUUGCACUUUGGGUAGAGAACGUUGACAAUGCACAAGGAUAAAAUAUUAAUAUAUUCAUUUCUAAAGUCCUAGGGAAUGUUUAAAAUUAUGUAUUAAAAUGUACACUAAAAUGUGUGCAUGCAAAAUAAGUGGAAAUGAAGUCCAGAGGAACUAGGCUGACUAUGGUGACUGGCUAAAAUGUGGUAGGAUCUCUUUGCAACUCAUCAACAUCCAAUUCACAGAGGCUCAAAUAUGAAUCCCAGUCAAAUCUAAAUGUUGUUCAAGAUGAAGGCCUUUAUUGACCACGCGUGUAAAAUCCAUGCAUAUAUUUUAAAUUCACAUAUUUAAUAAAUUAUUUUAAGAAGGAUUUUGCUAGAUGAAUUUGUGGCAUUUAUUCUUUUAAACCAAGCUCAAACUGAUCUGACCAAACAGACCGCUUCACUUGGCAACAAGUGCACUGGAGCUCAAACGCAUACCAGUUCAGAAUGUACAAAUAGUAGAAAAAUAAUAUUUUGUUUCAGACACAUAGCUAGAUGCUGCUCCAGGUCAACAGCUCUCUGCCUCCUUAGAUGUGGCCCCAACUCUGCCAGUGACCUCUCGCGGCUUCAGCUCCUGGAUCAAACCAUUAAAUUCUCCCUGCUGCUGCCUUCUUGUGACAACUGGCUGAACCAAGAAUCUCUGCUUGGUCCUUUUCUUGUUUAGAAUCAUCAGGACCAUCUCAUCAUUGAUUGAUUUUUGACUUUUGAGGACGAAGUUUCCAUUAAAACACACCGCUUACAAUGUUACAUGACACGUCGGUAUGUUAUGGCCUUUACAGUAGGGAAAAUGACCUCGGCUUCACUUUCUCUGAAACUCCUUACUAGAAACUGGAGUUUCAAUAACAAGCCAUUUUGCUUCAUGAGGUUUAUCAUAAAGAGCCGUUCUUUUUUAUCUUCUUAUCAUAGGUUACACAAUAGGUUGUACCAUAGCUUGAAAAUAAGUCAAUAUAUGUCUCCUCGACUUCAUGACGAUGUCUUUUUUUGACUCCUUGACCAUAACUGCUUGCAGUCUGUUUUUAGAAAAGGCCAACUGAUUGCCUUAUCAUCCCCGUUCACCACAAUAGAUGCUGUGCGGGCCUCUAAUGCAGUAUCAGACAGUAAGUGCAACUUAUUACUGCACAAGUUAAGAUGAAUCAUCUCACCGUUUCCUCUGCACAAAAAUACAAGCUAGCCCAAGAGUGACACUUGUAAUUCAAGCUCCCUCACUUGUAAUCCCACUUAUCUUUGUGCACCCUCUUCUGAUAUGGCACAUUAUAAUCGCUGCAGGGUGUAGCCUUCCUGCAGAGGAGAUGUGAAACAGAUACUUUUAUCUGCAGCACGUAGAGUAUUUUCCAUUUUCCAGUGUAAUCCCGCCCCCCGUGUUUGUCAUUACACAUUUUUUGUAGUGUAGGAUUAUUUAAGGUCACUCCUGAGUCCUUUAAGAUAAUUGAUGUAGUUGUUGAGGAAAUGUAAAAACAGGCUAACUAUAGAGACUACACAAAGGUCACUGGGUUGGAUGAGAGUCAGUGCAGGGCACUAACAGGAAUAGAAGUAUGAGAAGGAAGUGUUAGCGUGUGUGUGCUCAUCUCUUUUACUGCCUAAUUAGUCUCUGUUUGCCAAUUACGUUACACAGCUCCUACACACUUCUAACAGGCUUGUUUGUGAAGGCUGAGAUAACCACCGCUGUGAUGCAACCAUGCUACAGUGUACAGACAUAUUGAGCUCCAUCCAAAGUUUGUUUGGCUUCCUUUUCCAAUAAAAAGAGACAGCCAAGGAUUUAAAUGUGGUUAAUGUUUGAUUUGAACUGCAAAUGCCACACAGAUGUUUUUGCUUAAUUGGUUUUUCUACUUAAAUCAAUACCUUUUUUUAAAUGUUUAUUAAAUAAAUGUUUCCAAGUAGAACUGAAUUAUUUGAUGAAAAUAUAUUCAACUGUAUAAAUGAGUAAUUUAAGCUUGACAAGUCCUCUGUGAGAGUAAAUUAGCCAAGUUAAGUCACUUUAUUUAAGGCAUUUAAAAUCAUCAAAGGAAUGAUACUUAUAUAAUUUAAGAACAACACAUAAUAUAAUUAUUAACUAAAAGGGUGGUAAAUAACCAUGCUAUAAUGGUAUGUGCGCAUGUUUCUUAUCUCCACCUAGAUGGUAGUCUAAGUGCCAACAUCCAUAGGGUGUAUAAAAUAUUCUAUACAAAUCCCACAGUCAUAUAUAUUUGUACUUUUUACGAGCCUUCGUGAGGCCAUCUUAUGACUGUGUUCAGUUUCAUGUGAGCAUGCUACAUUGUUUUAGUUUGUGCAUGUUCUGUGUUUGUUAUGCUAAGUAUUUUAACAGUCAGCUCAAAUUUUAUCAAAAUAAGCUGCCGUAAAUAUGCUUAAAGGCUAGAAAAUAAUGCAGCAAAGCAGAUGACAACAAUGUGGAGAUAAGAAAACUACGUUCAGGUGAGCAUCAUUACUGUAUGAAGCAACCCAUUGGUUAUGAAAUUCUCUACAUCUAUGAUUUAUCAUUACAAUCAGUAUUGUUCUGGUAACUUUACCAGUGUAUAGAUCUUGAGCUAAUGCCAAAGCAAAGACGCGCACAUAGCUAGUAAUAGUAAAAAAGUAAAAAAAUAAAAGCGAUAAAAGAGCAGAAGCUGUUGACUAAGAGGUAUGUUUUUAGUUAGAGUGCUGUUAGUGAGAUAGAUGACCUAAUCUGAGACAUUUCCAAAGUUUGCCCAGUCAGCUGUACAAGCCAAUCAGGAAAUUCUAAAUUACUAGAAGCUGCUGACCAAUGAUCAAGUGAGCGGUGUGGGACACAGGAUUAUAAAGAAGGAUUAUAAGUCUGGCAGGAGCACAUAUAAUGAACUGCAGGAAUUCAGUCUAGUUAUAAUAAAAGCACGACAAUCUUUCUCUGGGUCACUUAUAGAAAGAAAGGGUUUAACUUCAAUUAAAAAUCUCAAUUAAAAAAUUAACCAAUACUCACACAGUCUGCAUUUUUUGCAGUUUCUUUCCUUGCUUUGUAAAUGAAAGCUGUAGGCUUUAAUACUAAACUGCAGUUUAAAUCAGCUGCUCUGCUGCCAGCACAUCUAUUUGCUGCCAACUCCGCCCCCUCAAUAUGAACGCAAUUGUAACUGAAUUAUGAAACCCUGGGUUAGCUAAUCGAGAUGCAGCUUCAUAGGCCCUUGCUCCACCCCCCUCAGCCACAGACAUCAUCACAUUGGCUUCUGGGAACAUCUGAUUGAUUUUUUUUUUAUUUUUAAUCUUUAAAAUGAUGUUCUCAGCAGUUCUAGCUAUAGGUGGUAGAGAUUUUUUUUUCUUUUUAUCCCACAAAUCGCAACAUUUAUGAUGAUUAAACCUGUUUCAGGAAAAGUUUUGAAAUAUGAGAUGAUAGGCUUUAAAUUCAUGUUUCAUAAUUUUUUUUUUUAAAAUGCCAAAGGGCCAAAGUGGCUCCCUUGGUUGUAGUGUUAAAGUAAUUACCAGCUAGACGGAGACCUGGUCCUAAUAGCGUACAUAUUAAUGUGAGACAAAUGACCUAUUGCAGCAUAGUGACCCCCCGAUGACAUGCAGAGCCUGUUGGAGGCCCUGGAUUUAUUCUUAAGUUCCUGACCUACAUUACAUCAACAGCUACUUAGUACUUUCCUUGCAGUUCGCUGCAUGCUCGCUUGCUCCCUGCGUGACACUCUCUUGUUUCCCCUGUACCAUAUUUUCUCAUGGGUGCAGCAUAUUUGUCAGUGAUGAGACACAGGGCAUGGUUUUUACAUGGUUAUACAUCUCCAUUGUACAGACAUGUGGGGAAUAAUAAUGCUGUAGGGGAUUUUGUAGAUGACAGAAUGAUAAAUUGUCUAUAUCCAUGGCUCAGCUGUCUGUGUGUUGUUUAGGCUGUGUUCAUAGAGAAUUUGUUUGUGUCAUUAAUUCAUUCAUAAGCGGGGAUCAGUCGCAGUUAGUGAACCGUAGAUCGUCGUGGGAGAACAAGUGACAUUUGAUGCCUGUUUAAGAUGUCGCUGAAGCUCUGGAGGAGACAAACGCUGCCUUACAUGCCUGACGGUGUUCUUGCUGUUAACAAACAGUCGGAGUAGAAGACACAUAAAAAAAAAAAUCCAAAUUAAAACGCCUCUGGGUAGGUGAAUUUAUUUUGGGAGCAUUACGAAGCACUUGAGGCCCAGUUUGCAUAACAAUGGCUUUAAGCCUUUUUUUUAGGCGUGUCAUGUGCUUUGAGUGUGUGUUUAUGUAGGAGUGUUAUAAGCAUGUGCAUCUAAGACAGCGCAUUAUGCAUGUGUAACUGCGGAGAUGGAGCUGUAAAUAAGAUGCUUCACUGUCUUUGGCCAAGUGGUUGUAGGGAAUCCAGUUGUUUUAGAUUAAAGAUGAGCCAGAUGCUAAGAGGAGGAAAUGGAGGGAGACAACACAGAUGAGGAAUAUGAGCCAUGAAUAGGAGGAGGUGGGCAGGAGAUGUGGGAGCCAAGUGACACUGAGACAAAUUAGCUCAGCUUCCUUUGGGUUUGGCAGUAGGAAACGCUGCACAAAUUUUUCAUUACGCCACACAACUGUCGACCUCUGCUCAUAAUCUGUGUGGCUCUUGCAGUCAUAAUUAAUUUAUCUCCCAUGAGCCUCUCUGUUAACGUUUUUUACAGGUUUUGAAGUACUUACAAUUACUUAGUUUUUCACAAUGUGCAGUAAUAUUUAGACCCAAAGGUACCUCAAAAUCAACGCAUGCACAUACGCUCACACACAAACACAGUAAAAUAUAUCUUCACACCUGUUUCCUGUUUCCUUUCUCAACAUUAACAGCAAAUAACACAAUGACUUAAAUACCAUGUGAAAGCCCUUAUACUUUACUGCAGUUGACUUGGAAUAACAGAUAUUAUUUAUUGCAUAUGGAAUAGCAUAAUACAAUUAAUAGUUUUUGGACAGCAGUAAAUUUCUGGUAUGAAACCCAUUUUUGGGACUUGUAUUGCGAAUAAUGUUAAAAUUUUCAUUGUAUUUCAUGAAAAUGAAUACAUUCUGGCUCUCUCAAAGAUCUCAGAAGAUUGAACUAAGCAAGGUUUACUAUGAUAUUGCAGAAAUAGCAAAGCUACGAAACAGAGUUCUGGGAGUGAGAGGUUUUCUGGCACUGGCUGGAGGACUGAGCUGAUGAAGGGAGCAGGCUGGAGAAUGCAGGCUGGCUGGUAGGUCAUACAUGGAGAAGUGAGAAGGACAGACUGGGUUCAUCCAAAAAGACUAGAUAGCACGCUGAUGAGUGAAGCACAACCUGAGGCAAGGAAACAAAGAUUACUCAGAGAUCAAAUAACGACACGAGGAAACCGACUGUAUGUGAGGACUGGUUAAUCUAGCCGAGAGAGAUGAACUGAUGUUUGCAUCCAGGCCAGCUCUAGUUGGGCUCAGCAUAUGGAAAAAUAGCUCUACAAACGCACUGUUUAGGACCUCUUUUCAGCUUAAAGUCUGCCUCCAGAUUAUGCAGACCUCUUAACAUGAUUAGAAACCUAGCUGCCCAUCAUAACGUAGCAGGCUAGGACCAGCCCUUGUUUAAAUACUGUGAAGCGUGACAAGUGAAAGUGUCUCAGGUGUGCCAGUUGAUUGGCACAGAGCUAUGCAUCAAGUGGAGACACGUAUGCACAGACAAAGAGAAAUAGACAGAGAGGAUCAACCACGUGACAGUAACGACAGGGAUGAAAGACAUUGUGCUAAACCCAUGAACAUAAACAAUACCAGUCUCACCUUCACUGUAGUUUACUGUCUUCAAAGUAUAAUGAACCAUUUUUAAAUUGUUAUCUUUUGGUGCUUUGCUACUGCAGUCUGUUGUAAAAACAUAUUUUUUUUUAGUUAAAAGUAUAGAAUAGAAUAGAAUAGAAUAGAAUAGAAUAGAAUAGAAGAGAAUAGAAUAGAAUAAUUCUUUAAUUGUCCCACAAUUGGAAAUUUGGUUUAACAUCCGCAAAAAAACACAUAUACAAACAGAACAGGACACAGGACAUAGAACAUAAACACACACAAUUUGUACAUAUUUACAUCAUAGACAAUAGUUACUAAAACAGAGUACUGUGCAGUUAUUAAAAUUAAAGUACAGAUAAGUAGCAAACCCAGGUUGUAGUGUGCAAACAGAGCAGGAUACUGAAAGAUGUUUAAAUAGUUAAGACAUUUAGAAUAAUUAGAAAAGUACAGAUUGCUUAUUGUACCUGUGCAUUAAAAAGUAGACAUGUAACUUCCAAUAAGUCAGUAUAUAUAAACGGAGAAAAGUAAUGUGCAAACUAUAACAGUGCUAAUGUACAGGCAAAGAUAGCACAGUUUGGUGUCUACAUCCUUAAAAAUCAGAGGAAACUGGACAAGUGGAGGAAAAAAAAAAGUGUUGGGCCUAAAAAAAACGCAAACUGUGUGCAAUAGAUGAGCAAUGUCUUAAACUUAUGUCCCUAACUUAAGAAAGUUACUAACUUAAAAAAGAGGGAAAAAUAGGCAAAGACGUGACAGAUGCUGACACUUCAGUUGAUCUGUCUACCGUUCGCUGAGCCUCAUCAGAAAUAGCUUCAGUGGAAGGGCGGAUGUCAAGAAGCCAGAAACCAUUCUUAAAGAAGGGAAACAGAGAAAAGAGGGUGAGUAAUGCCAGAUUACACAAGUGCUGGACUUCAAAUCAGUGGCAAUGGGUCUUAUUGAGUGAUAAAUCCAACUUUGAAUCUUGAUCAAUAUGUAUGGAGGAGAUCAGGAGCGAGAUACAACAGUGAGUGUCUGCACAGUGAUGGCUCUGUUAUGGUUCGAGGCUGCAUUUCAAACAGUGGCGAGACCUUAUCCAAAUUAAUAGAAUUAUGAAAGAAGAAAAUACCCUCAGAUUUUGAUCCAGUGUGCAAUAACAUCUGGAAAGAGUUUGAUUGGCUUCCUUUUUAGCAUGAUAAUGAUCCUCAACACGCUGCCAGUGCAGUAAAAGCACAACUAUAAAAACAGACAGUGGAACAUUAUCAGUCAUGGACUGGCCUCCUGGACCUUAACGUUACUGAAGCAGUGCGGGAUCAUCUUCAUGGAGAACUGCACAAAAGGCAGCCAAGAUCCACAGAAGAGCUUUGAAGAAGCUUUAAGAAGCCUGAAGAACUAUUCCUGUAUGGUAAACAGACAGAUUCUUAUGUACAUUUCUACUCUACCUGAGCACUCAAUGCGCUUUAUACACUUUACCCCAUUUACCUAUUUAUACAAACAGUGUUUUCCUAGUAAAUUGUUUUCUCUGUAACAUUCACAUACUCCAGUUGAUGCAUUGGGGAGCAACUUGGGUUUACUUUGGGCACUUUGUCCAAAGCCAUGCAGUCAGGAAUAGAACCACCAACCUGCUGAUUAGUAGAUAACCUGGUCUACCGUCUGAGCUAUAGCCACCCCAAGAUACCUUCAAGAAACUAGAUGGAAACUUGACUAAGAGACUUCAGGCAGUGUUGAAGAAUACAGGUGGUCAUACCAAAUAUUGAUUUUCAAGGCUCAUUAAAAAUUGUAGAAAGCUUUUGCCUUGUAUACUGUAUUUCCAUGUAAUUCUGUGUGUUUUAAUAUACCUAUUUCCUGUUUUACUUGGAAAAUAUAAAGAAAUUAGAGGUUUUUUAGGACUUUUGCACAGUAUUGCAUUUAUUCAACAUUUUUAUAAUACUUUUCACAUAUCUCAAGUCUAAGUAGGCUCUGAGCACAUGGUAUGACCUCUUUCCCAGCAGCUUCUCCCUCAUUAAUUGAUGUUAUUUUUUCUUAAUUUGGGUUGAACUGCCUUUGCCUGUCUAAAUAAGGCUUGAGAGUCUCAGUGUAGCUUUUUAUGGGGUCUACUGUCCUGGGCUGCAUAUGGCAGAAUGAUAAUUUCCAUGCUGAUGGCAGAGUGACAGAGCAGCGUAGGGGAUCUCAGAGGAUUACUGCACAUAAACACUGCCUGCAUUCAUCCAUAAGAGCUCGAUGUAGACCAGAUCCUUGAAUGUAUAAUCCAAGGGGCCCACAGUUUAAUGGUCACCCAGGUGAUUUCAUAAUUCAGUGGUUCUAUUUGGUGUUCUCACAUAAGCAUUAAGCAUCGCAUAGGAAAUUGACGUUUGCAUGUGGGGCAUAUGCCUGUUAGACACCAUAGGAUGAUGUCAAACGCUCAAUGCGUAAAUCUUACAUUGCAUGUUUUGUGUUUCUCCCGCCUCUCUUCGUCUCUCUGUCCCUUGUCCCCAUUCUGUGUGUUUUUCCCUCAAUUCCUUGUUUGUCCUCGAGUGUUUUUUUCCACGCUUCAGCUUCUGGGGAUAAAAAUUGAGCCUACAGGCUCUGCAGUUUCUCUAAAGGCCCACGGUUCAUGACACCCAUGUUAAAAUGUCCAAAAGUCAAGUUUGUGACUUGGUACAAAAAUAGUUUUGGCCCUAUUUUUGGAUAUUUUUCCCUUGAUAACAUGGCUUGCUGCAACUAUGAGGACUGUUGAAGAAGUUUGUAUAUGUUUUUGUUUUGCAGAUUUCGUGCAGAUUGGUAGCCAAGCUUCCUGAAUAAUUAGUACUCGAUUUUUUCCAAAUAUGGCAACUUUUCCAAAACAUGAACAUAGUUGCUGCCAAAACGCUACAUAAUACAAAACCAGUGAGUGAUUUUAUGAUGGCUAUCAACAUCUUUUAUAUAUAAAAGAUAUAUGCAAAUAGACUGCAUAUAUGCAGUCUAUUUGGGUUUUCUUACAAUCUCAUUAGCUUACCAAACAGUACAAUCUACCAUGAGCAGUCUUUGAAGUUCUCACAUAUAAACCCCCCUUCCAUCUGUAGUUUAGUCUUGUCCAGUAGCUAUUUAUUUAUUUUGGUUUUGCUUCAUGAGUAUGUGUGUUGCUAUACUUGCUUCUUGUGUGUUUUGGACUUAUUGAACUUAAAUGGGUGGGCUUAUCAUGGGGUUUUGGCUCAGAUAACACUGUUAGUUUGUUAAGCUUCUCCUGUCCCUGAACUUCAGCCUUUAUCAUCCAUAGUGCACAAACUAAAACAUACAGAAACAAUGUUUUGGAUAGUGAAGAUGUGUGUAGUAAUGGAUAAUCGGAGACUAAUGAGCUGGAUGAGAGGCUUCACUGUUUGUGAAGGGCUGAGGAUUGACUGCGACUCCUAGACUCAGUCUAUGAGAGUGGGUGACAUUAACAACAACAUGUUGUGUAGGGUAGGUGGGCUUUUACACAAGUACUUUAGGUGUGCAUUUGACUUAGGAUAAAGUUAUUUAAGAUGAGUGAGACACAGACACAGAGGUGCAUGCAAAUCCUUGUUUUGGUACUAAUCCUGACUUUUACAGUAGAAGGGGGAAAAAAGCAGUGUCACUCAAUCACUCUAUGUCAAAACCACAUCCCUUUCACAUAAAAGGCUGCGGACACCACAACAUUCUCAGUGUUCAGUCUUGGCACAGAUAAUGCGCUUGGUAAAGGUCACAGAAAGGCUUGUUUUCUAUUCACAGACAGCUGAAGUGCAAGUGCUAACUUGCAAGUGUUGACAGGUGGAACUGCUGUGUUCGCGUUACUCUGUUCUCGAUUGUUUACUCCAAAUCUCAGCCAACUGCUGUGCAUGUCAUCACAGGGAGAUUUAUUAAUCUUAUAAGGCAUUUAUUUUAUUCUUGGGGAAUUGCAUUACCAGUUUUUUUUUUUUUUGCUAUGUGAGCUGUUUUUUUCAGAAAUAUGCAUCUGCAGCUUACUGAGCUGCACUGAGCUACAAAACUGUAAACUUUCUUGAUAUUAUUUAUAUAAUUUCUCUCAGCUUCAACCUGAGUGAACACCCGUGUGAACACGCAAGCAACUUAGAUAUCAGAUUAAGUCAACAAACAUUCAGACUCAAAUGCAAAACAACAGAGCAGAUGGAAGGCUCACUUGGUAAUCUGUGAAAAACACUGGGGCUGCUGGUGUAAAGUGGGCUUGCAGAUUGAAGACUUGUGAGAUGAGCUGCUGACAGACAGAAUUAGCAGUGGGCUCGCUGGCAUAUAGCGGAAAUCUGGGUCACACAAAAAGAAGGUUUAAAGUAAAGGAAGCCAGAGAAGAGCCUGGACUUUUUGUAGUGCUACAGCUGACAGAAAACUCUGAAAUAGAGUGUAAGAGCCAAGCUGAUUUUGAAUCGUCUGCUUGUCCUGAGAGCUGUAAAUUAACAAAACUGACAGAUAUAACUGGACUAAAUUUAUGGCCUGAAACUCUCAUGGCUAUUUUAAGAGAAGAAAGGAUCACAGAAGUUCUUCCCUGCUCCACAGGCAAGUAUUUAACCACCAAAUAAAUAUAGUGGCAGAAAAUGACAGCAUUUUUCUGUAAUCUCAUAAAGUACAAGUAUAAAGUUGCAGAAAGUAGAAACACUUAAGUAGACAUUCCUGUAACUUGAACCUCAACCCGCAAGUUGGAUGUGCUUGAACUAAUCACCUCAGUGUUUUUUGUCGACUGAUAUUUGCAUGCAGACAGACACAAUAUUACCGGCAGCAUUCAGGAAAAUUCGAGUUUACCGCUUUUCCGAUCCUGGCUCUAAUUAUUUGACGUCUAUAAUGCAAAAAAAUAAAAAGCAUGUAUUUAAAAUGAACGUUGAAUCUGCACUUGGAGUUGGUGGGUUACCACAAAAACAGUGAGUUCAAUGCAGAGCCGCAAGUACAAAUGAUGUUGAUAUUUCCCCAAAUCUAUUUUCCUGCAUUUCUGUGCCAGCUAGGUCACCGAAUAUCAGCAAGUACACGAGCAGAGACAAAUAAGCUAAGUGGUGUCCGAGACUGAAGCGCACGCAGUGUUAUUCCUGCCAAGCUGAAACCACAGAUAGCAUCAACACAGUCCCGCUCCUGCUCUCUGCUCUAAGUGGCAACACUGUUGGGCUGUCAUUAUGUUGUCAUCUUAAAAUCAGGUUUCUAAUCUCAGGAAACUAAUCAUUGUUCAUUUUGUGGUAAGAAGCUGUAGUGCAGUUGGAGUCGCCACGAGGCUUGGCUCAUGAUCAACAUAAUCCUCUGCUUUGUGUAAUGGAAAUCUUGACAAUGUUGUGAUGAACAGCACAGGCUUGUCUGGUUAUGCCACAAAAGAAGUCCUCCCAGGAGGAAACCGAGUUGUGCCGAAGCUGGACAAUCACCUAAUUUGACUGUUUCGAGUGAAAUAAGUGAAAUCGAACUGAGAGGGAUGAACUACUAAACUUGAAAUUAAUUACAUAAUUCAGGUGAUUUAGCAGCAGUUAGCAGCAAGAAUCAGAGGAAGAUUGAUGGUAGCUACAGAGUUAGACUGAUUUAUUAAAGCCGUUAUUGUCCAUAUAUCAAAAUCAUUCAUAUUAGGAUUUAGGACGCAUGAAGGUUUGCAGCUCCGUGUAAUUGUUUACACAAAUAUUGUACUGCAAUAAGCUUUUUAUUGUUACUGACACAUGUUAUAAAGGUACAAUCAGUUGCCAGAGUACACAAGGGAAAGCAAGGGAAAAAUGAAACACCAUCUCUAUUGCCUUUAUAAUGCUAAUUUAACAACACAAAUCCUGUCCACUGGCAAACAGAGACAUCACUAUUCAUAUAAAUGAACAACCGCACUACUUAGUGUGACUCACUGUUUCUUAGCCAGCUUGCUCUUUCCCAUUUUAAGUAAGACGAUAUCUUUCCCUUACAUUUAACAAUUUAAAGGAUUAUGAACUGGAUAAUAAACAAAAUACAUUUUUGCAGCGUUGUGGUGAACAAUAUGCACCAAAGUUAAACUUCGUUUGGGAAUUCAACUCAUCCUGUGCUCAAACAAACACAGCAGAAACAAUGUAGGAUGGCGAUGGCUAAUCAAAGGCUCCCUGCAGGGCUGUUGUUGCUUCAUAGCGGGCACAGUUCGUAGGUCCAUUGCACCUCAUAAAAGUGUGUACGACACAGCACCCAGGCAGCGCAAAACGCUUCCCACACACAUGCUCCUGUAGAGCACGGCGAAACAUCAAACAUUCACACACACAAAACACAGGUACGAAUCAGAUGUUAUACAAUCAUUUUUCAUUGUUUCCCACCCACAUUUAGCCGAUGUGGCCUCUAAACAGGAAGUGUUUACCAAAACACGUAAAUAUCCAACGCGCUGAAGAGGCUUCGAGCAUCCAGCUGCUAGGUCCCUGUAGAUGCAUCCAGAUGGGCCACUGCCUCAUUAUAACAGGGUCCCCGACAAACAUGUGUAACAGUUCAGAGGUUGACCUCUUUACAGAGCUGUAGAAAUAAGAGGCUCAAAAAAUAUGUGUUUGAGACGUCACGCUACAUCCUCAUCUUUACACAUGUGCACGGUAUUGCUGUAAACAUCUGGAGAUCUGGAUAAAUCAAAUACCUGAAGGAAGUGAGCUUUUUUUUUCCGUCUUUGUAUUUUUUUUUUAAUCUCCAGGGCAAAGUGAGAGGUCUACUGAUGCUUCAACAAAAGUUACAUAGUGUUCCUGCUGGCACAUUUGACUUGCAUAUUCAAGUGCACUGCAGUGUUCUGCUGACAUUUUGACACAUAAUAAAAAGGCACGCAUGGGAAAGCAGAGUUAGCCAGCGGUGGGAUGUUUUAUGACCCAUUUCAUGAAAACACAGUAAUUAUAUUCAUUGAGGCAAUGUGAUUUUUGUUAAAGAAACGUGAUGAAUGAUAACAUGACACGUUUUCCAAUCACCAUUCAGGAAGACAAACAGCAGCAGACAGUGAACAGGUGCAGCACGCAGUGCCAUCGGCAAACCUAACAGGUCAGAUAGACUGAAUUAGGCUAUGAUGAGGCGGGAUAUUUGAUUUGUGAGACCACAGAACUUGUGAUGCUUAAACAUCUGGAUUUAGUUGACCAUAUAGUGACGUUCACAUUCAUGCAGCGCACAGAGAAUAAACUGAGGUCGACACUGGGAUACGAAAUUCCAAUUUUGUUUUAAUGUCUUUCAGUCAAAGUAACAUUUACAACAAAUGGUUUUCAUUCAUUUUGUUUAGUGGUGGUGCUUUGCUGGAGCACAGCUGCAGUGCAGUUGGAAGAUGUUUCUUUUUUGUUUUUUUGGUUUUUUUUAGUUAAAUUUAUAGCGUCAAUAGCAAAGUCAUUUGGCAGAAGCUCCAGAAAAUCAAAGACCAGCAACUUUCCUUUUUUCCAGUCUUCACAUAAAAUCACAGAUUCUCAUCAGUCACACUUUGCGAAGCCCAUUUAAAUUAGCAGAUGCAAACUGAGUGAAGGGCUACACCAGGACUGAUUUGAAAGCAGUGACAAGCUAAGCAAAAGAUUACCCCCAUGCAUCCUCUGCCUCAUGCUGUUUGCCAGAGAUUUACUAACGGGAGACAUUGCAGCAUUUUGCACAUUGUCAAGAGACUAAGAGAGGCCGUCUUCAUCUUGCUUCACUUAGAAUGACAGCAAAAUUAAAAGGACUCCAUAACACUGCUGACUACUCACAUGAAUGCGUCAAUACACCAAUACAACUAGUCUAAGUGUGAGUCUUAUUCAAUGACCUGGUCCUUGACUGACCCCAUUUUUUUCCAGCCUUUUGCUUUUUUCACCCGACCUUUCCUUUUAACCACCCAUUUAAGGGUGAGAGACAGAGCGGCUGCAUGCUCUUGUGGCAUCUGUGUUGCAGCUUUGGGUGCACCGUGGACACUGUGGUAUUAGCACACACUUUAAAAACUUAGUUUUACUAUAACAUUGCUGUUGAAGGUUACUGUUCACUACAGGCCAGAACAACAAUGAGGCUACCUGGAAGUAUUCUGAUGCUUCUCAACUGUAAUGCAUAUUCUCUGCAAGCCUCUUUGCAACCCAUCUCCACAUCAGCUCAAGCUUUCUAGUGUCAACUAGCCGCAAAUAGACCUGAAAGUGUCUCUUUCAGGUCUAGUUGUGGCUCUCAUGCAUGUACAUGAAAGAGACCUCUCAGAACAGAGCCAUACCUCCUCCAUAAACAACUGCAGAUGGAAAUAACAAAGUUCUUCUGUGGUUCAGACUAAAAGUGGCAAAUCUGGCUGGUUUAUGUACUGUGCCAAACAGUCAAUGUGGAAAUACCUGUUAGUUUAUGUCUGUCCUGAUCUCUGGUAAUUGAAAAAAGGUUUUGAGACACAGCUGCUAUUCAGAUGCCAGCUCAGAACAAAACUGUGAACUUACCUUUACAACAAUAUGGUGUUAGAAUUAAGCAAUGUAUACCUGCAAUGCAUCCCAUGGCCACUUUGUGCCACUGAACAUAAUCCAUACUGCAAGUAAGAUACUUUUCCUUCACAAAAUAACUGAGAAAAAAACAGGAAAAAAUGAAUAUUUUGCUUUUGAAAUUUCACAGACAGAAUUGCAUGGAGGGCUCUCGUGUGAACCCAGGUGCUUUUAUUUUUUAUAGCAUUUUGGCAACCCACCAUGAGGUGAUGAUCAGUUGACAGUUUGUUAUGGAGAAACACCAUGUCCAUUAACAGAACACUGCUUGGAUUCAGACCUAGAAAGCCUUUUCUCCCAAUCACCCCCUCCUUUGAGGUGAGUUGCUUGAUGAGGUGAGCCCAACUAUAUCUUGUUGGUACCUCUAAACCUCACGCACUAGCUCAGGCUCCUUCCCCUCCAGAGAGGCGAUGUUCCGUGUCCCAAUCACUAGUUUUGGUUCCCGGGGAUCAGUUGGCCGGGGUCUCCAUCCCUGGCCACUCCCCAGCACUACGUUCCUCCUGCUGGUGGUGCACUGACAGGCGGCAUUUUAGCAUUUUUUUUUUUUAAUCAAUAAGAAUCUAGUCGGGUCUGCUUUUAUUUGACAUGUUCCUAUUGGUAAAGUAGAGGAUGAACAGGUAACUGUGUGUCAACAUAAACGUCCUGCUGAGUCAGGCUUAAAUGAAAUGUAACUGUCACUGUAUUUGAAGUCUUCAUGAUUUGUAUAUAUUCAGAGUUUUUCUGCAAACUAAGAAACAAACCUUCCAGAAAUACUUUGAAAGUUUUGACAAUAGCUAUUAACAAUUGUGCCAGCUCAAUGUGCAAAUAGAUGAAAACAUUGUGUUGUUUUUCGAAAGAAUUCCUGGGAAGCAUUGGAAAUUUGUGGCUGAAGAGAAAGCAGACAUUUUUUUAAAAGGUCAGAAAAACAACUGAAAUGCAUAACCACUGUUGUGCAAUCAGUGGCAUGUGUAUGGUUGCAGAACAUCAGAGCGGGGAAAUAAUCAUGUUGUUGAAUUUGAUGUUUUACACAGGAACAGAUUAGCAUGCUGUCAUGCUGAAGAUCAGGUAAAUCAAGCAGAGCACGAUGCGUAGAUUUAGGCAGUAUCUCGAUUGCUCCAAACAAGUAAAAGAGCGUGUUGCAGCACGAUGCUUUUUUCCCCUGAACACCCUGUUAUCAGAUAACAGGGUUCUCAUGCCUGAACACUAAGCAUGUAACGUCUUCUGUAUGCGCUUUAGCCUUUUAGCUAAAUUUGUUAAAUUAUGGAAAGCAGGGAGAACAUAUCACACAUUUACUCUAAUAUGCAUGUGUUUGAUUGUUUUUGCUGUUUGACAGUUUAAAAACAAAGAUAUUUCUCUAUCAUAUAUUUUUUAAAUUGCACCCAGACCUCAUCUGUGGCGAGGAAAGCUGUCGGAUUUGGAUGAUGUCAGACAGUUAGUGUUUACUCUCACUAGUGCCUGUGCGUUUGGAAAGCUGAAUGAUAUACUGCUGCUCAGGGGCAUUUUCUGAGCUGGACAGCUAUUGUGUUUUUCAGAGAGUUUUGUUUUUAAUCCUUGCCGAUCCCCUCUGCCCCGCAUUCAUGCAUGCAUACUCUUUUGUAAUUUUAUUUGUCAGACAAUGUAAUCAAAUGAAAGGUAAGCACUCUCCAACAAACAACAGUAAUUGUUAGUGGCCAUUGUAUUAAGCCAUCCAAUGUGCACUUGAACACAAAGCGGUUUUUUUAGGUUGUUUGGGACAUUCAGGUGAUUUGCGUCAUUCACUUAUGUUUUUCAAUGUAUUUCUUCCACUCGCAAACAUAAAUAAGUGACCAAGGAUGAUUCAAACAUGAUGCCAUCUAUCCUGUGUGUGUAAAGGGGCAAUAACCUCUUAGGUUACACUUGCAUCUGUUUAGCAUUUGGUCAAUCAACACAAAGUCGUCUAAGAGGAAAUUAAACAUAAGUAUUUAUCUAAAAGAAAAAAAGUGCUGCAUAAUUUUCAGACACUGAGGUGAAACAUUAUUGCUUGCUAACUUGUUUCUGGAUGAAGCUAAAGAGAGCAGACCCAAGCAUCUCAAGAGAGCCAUCUGGCUUGGAAGGCUUGACUCUCAGCCGUUGUUUCACCUCUUACAUCAAAUGUGCAGCAAAAGUGUUAAAAGCUCCAGAUUAUUUCCUGGAACAGGGAACCACUGGGUCUAACAACACAUGUUUCAGAGGACCUUGAUUGGUCUGAAGCCACAAUGGACUGAAAAAGCUAAGUGGGAGCAGCAGUACUGUAGAUCUGGCAGGCUAUCAUAACAGCACAAUAUAGAAGCCUAAUUAGCCUCACACCUCGAAGCCCAUUAGUUCCAAUUGAGCUUCCAUCGAAUGGCCAACGUGAUUCCCCUCAUCCUGCAUUAAAGGCAUCCGAGCAGACACAUUGUACUUGACAAAUGUGCACAAAUAAAGCAAGGGAGUUCUGUGAACUUAUGUCCUCAGGUUGUGUCUUAAAAAUCCUCCAGUGCUCUGAUUUAGCAUUGCUUUUUGAGCGUAACAGGCAGUGAAUGCUCAUUAUCGAGAGAGUCUUGUUUUGUCUUCAGCUGUGGGGCAUUCGGUGUUAUUAUAUCUAAAAAUAAAUACUAAAUACUAAGGAAAACUGUGCAGCUGGAUUCCCGAAACAGAAGCAAUGAGAUUGUUAUAGAAGUCAUCUAAAGGAUAAUUAGGAAAGGCAGUUUUUAUUUUCUUUUAGUCAUGAAGUGAUGAUGAAAUAUCAUAUUUUGGUGUCCAUGCAUACUCUCAGUCUGAGAGGCAGAUUUCAAAUUCACCUCACAACUUCACACAUGUGUAAUGGCUGGAAUGUUUAGUGUCACAACAUAGAAAAGGGUCAGGAGCCAGGUUUAGGAAUCUUUUCUCCUGUAGUAAACCCUCUUGCUAUGACGCACCCUCACUCCCACUCCUGCAGUUUGGUUAAUCAUUGCUCCCAGUCGCUGCUAAGCUGCAGAGUGGCGCGGGCUGGCGAAAGAGUCAGAGAGUAAGUGAGAGAUAGGUUGUGAAAGAGGGAAACCCUUGGAAAACUGUCACACAUGGCGUAACAUUUUAGCCACAAGGAAGACCAGGGUCUGAACCUCUCCGGUGCAUCGGGACACGUGCUGAAAUGUCACGCGCUCAUUAUCUCUGUCUGGCAGCGUGGCCAGUGUAGAUAAGCCCCCUUAUGAAGUGAAAACUCUUCUCAGCUCUGCAGUAUCCCAUCCCAGCACCAACAGCAGAAAUAAGGGAUGUCACAGCUGUUCCUCUUUUUGGCAGUGCUCAUUGUCUCCUGCAGUAUCCAGGUUUCUGCUGUUGUUUCCCUGCAAAAGGUGACGGAGCGCUGGGAAUUGUACAGGAAAGAGUGUGAACGCAACAACAGCCAAGAUCCACCAAGCACCGACCUGGUGUGCAACAGGACUUUUAACAAUUAUGCCUGUUGGCCCGAUGGACUCCCUAACACUACUGUUGUUGUGCCAUGCCCGUGGUAUUUGCCAUGGCACCGUAAAGUUCAGCAUGGCGUGGUGUAUCAGGAAUGUGAUGUGAAUGGCCAGUGGGUGACUACAUAUAAUACCAGCGAGUGUGAUUCUCAUGAACAAGCACCACAUCUGCAGUACUAUGUCCAUAUUCGGAUCAUGUACACGGUGGGCUAUUCCUUAUCCCUGGUGGCUUUAGUGUUGGCUCUUGGCAUCCUCAUAUUCUUUAGGAAACUCCACUGCAUGAGGAAUAACAUCCACAUGAAUCUUUUUGCCUCUUUCAUCCUGCGAGCUUUGUCUGUCCUCAUCAAAGAUGCUCUGUUCGAAACCAGCCACAUAGCACAGGGCCUGAACAGAGACGAGGAGCAGGGAUUCCCCCCUGCAUCUAUAGCUCCAAUAGAGCUGCUGGUCAACAACGAGACAAUGGUCAGCUGUCGCAUUGCCAUGGUUAUGAUGCAGUAUAGUAUCAUGGCUAACAGCUACUGGUUGCUGGUGGAAGGCAUCUACCUCCACAACCUCCUGGUCAUCACUGUGUUUACGGAGAGGAACUACUUCAAAAUUUACCAGUGCAUCGGUUGGGGUACCCCAUUAAUAUUCCUCGUGCCAUGGGUGGCGAUUAAAUACCUGUAUGAAAAUCAGGAUUGCUGGGAGCAAAAUAUAAACAUGAAAUACUGGUGGAUCAUACGCGCUCCGAUACUGGCAGCUGUUAUGAUCAACUUCCUUAUCUUCAUCCAUAUCAUCAAAAUUCUCGUGUCAAAGCUCCGAGCACACCAAAUGAGAUACACAGACUAUAAGUUUCGGUUGGCUAAGUCAACGCUAACUUUGAUCCCGCUGCUCGGGAUCCAUAAUGUGGUCUUUAUCUUCGCAACAGAUGAGUCCACCAGUGGCAGCAUCGGCUUGCGUCUCACCAGGCUCUUCUCUGACCUCUUCUUCUCCUCCUUCCAGGGUCUCCUGGUGGCAAUCUUGUACUGCUUUGUCAACAAAGAAGUGCAGUCUGAGAUCCUGAAGAAGUGGAAGCGCUGGAAGCUAGGGAGGAACAUUGAGGAGGAGUACCGCCACACCUAUAGCAAUACCCCAAACACAAAAACAACCAGUCUCUUAAACCACGCCCCUCGAAUGCCUCACCUCCCAGACAUCGCCAAAACCACCGCCCCAGUCUGUAGCCCUGAGGAGAGGCACAUGCUCGUCGCUAGCAACCAAAAUGGCAUGGUCCACAGUACGGAGGAAGAGAAGUGUGCCUCACUGCUGCACGAGGGGACCAUCAGUAACUAUAUCCUGGUAGAGGACAUCAGCAUUACUGACAAGCUGCAGUGUUACGAAGUGCAGAAAGAGAACGUGGAGAGCCACCUGUGAAAGCUACUGGGACUACUUAAAAAAGGAAGUUGGAUGGCUUUGGGCUCUCAUCGUGCUCUGACAGACUGACCUGCUCAGCUGUAAAGAGUCAAGUUAAUGGUGUCACUUUUCAGGUCGGCCCUCAGAGAUCUGCGUCACUGGAGAGCUGUCGCCACAGUCUGAGAGGAGGAUCAGGAAGGGCAUCCACGCUGACAUUUCGAAUGUGCUGCGAGUCUCGUGAACGGAUUAGUUUAGAUGUUUUUUAGCACAGAAUAAUAAGCUGCUGCAUGCUGAACAAUUUUUGCAACAGCAUCCCGAGGCAGAUAAGCCACGGAAGAUCGUAAUGACAUACCAAACAUGAAACCUGAAGUAACAAAAAAAUAAAUAAAUAAACCCCAACGGUAAAGGUCACAGGG